GUUGAAAGUGUAAUGUGCGCGAUGUAGGAAUUGGAAGGAACUUAAGCUACAGUGGGCAGUUUAGAUUGUUUGUACGAUACGUUUCAUUGUUUUGUGUUGCAUUAGUGGUAGACCAUGUCUUCAAAAGAAAAGCAUGAGUCCAAACACGAUUUGAUCCACUUGAUCUAUCGGCAUUUGAAGGAGAACGGUUUCCAGAAGGCGGCAGAGAAGCUCCGAAAGCAUGUUCCACAGGGAGAGACAGCAGCAUUGUCCAGCUCACUUUUGGACAUGUACAACAAAUGGUCCGGGGAUGUAUCUGAAGAUGCAAAGACCUGCAAAGUAGCAGAUUCCUCAGAGCUGCCAAAAGAGCGUCAAGCUGACCCGGAUAGCAGCACAGAGACCUCUGACUCAGAGGAGGAGACCACACCUGUCAAAGCACCAGACAAGACUAAGCCUCCGAUCGCCAGCCCUGCCAAGUUCCCUGCAGCCAACCAUGUGCCAACUUCUAAGGUCAAGGCAGGGUCAAAGAUCACUCCACCAACCCCCAGCAAGAAACAGCCGGAAGGUUCUGACAGUGAGUCCACCACCAGCAGCUCAGAGGAAGAAGAAGCAAGUCAGAGUCUACUGCCACAGACUCCUGCCACUCCUAACAACAAGUCAGCUCCUAAGCUGUCCUCAGCUAAGCCCCUGAUAGCCCCCUCCUCCACCCCCUCCUCCACCACGGCCAAGCCCUCCGCUGCCUCCUCUGUCAAAGCCAAGUCUCCGGCUGCUCCUCCAGAGUUGUCCAGCGAGAGUAAUGACACAUCCUCAGACAGCGAGGAUGAGGGUCCGGCUACGCCCUCAACAGCAGAACCAGCCAAUAUGUCAAUUCUUGCAGCCGCAGCUUCUACCAAGGCCAAGCAGUCAGCCAUCUCCGCUCCCAGUAUCCCACUAUCAGCCGGUAUAGAGCCCCAGACAGCCGUAGACAGUGACACCACUAUGUCUUCAUCAGAUAGUGAAGAGGAGAGUCCAAAAUCAACCUCUACACCGACAACACCAACCACUAAAGCUGCGGCCAUACUUACCCCAGCUAAAUCAACCCCAAGCAAAACAACCGCCAUAGCAACCACACCAGCUAAACCAACCCCAAGUAAAGUUGUAUCCAAAACUUCUAAGACUAGCAAAGACUCCAGUGAAUCAAGUAGCGAAUCAGCAUCAUCAGAUAGUGAAGAUGAAAGUGUGGAAUUACCCCCCCCACCCAAAACAGCAUCGGUAACAGUGACCACUAAAGGUGUGUCCAUACCUACCCCAGCUAAACCAACCCCAAGCAAAGGAACCACCAUAGCAACCACACCAGCUAAACCAACCCCAAGUAAAGUUGUAUCCACAACUUCUAAGAUUAGCAAAGACUCGAGUGAAUCUAGUAGUGAAUCCGCAUCCUCAGAUAGUGAGGAUGAGAGUGUGGAAUUACCCCCCCCACCCAAAACAGCAUUGGUAACAGUGACCACUAAAAGUGUGGCCAUACCUACCCCAGCUAAACCAACCCCAAGCAAAGGAACCGCCAAAGCAACCACACUCGCUAAACCAACCCCAAGUAAAGUUGUAUCCACAACUUCUAAGACUAGCAAAGACUCGAGUGAAUCAAGUAGUGAAUCCGCAUCAUCAGAUAGUGAAGAUGAAAGUGUGGAAUUACCCCCCCCACCCAAAACAGCAUCGGUAACAGUGACCACUAAAGGUGUGUCCAUAUCUACCCCAGCUAAACCAACCCCAAGCAAAGGAACCACCAUAGCAACCACACCAGCUAAACCAACCCCAAGUAAAGUUGUAUCCACAACUUCUAAGACUAGCAAAGACUCGAGUGAAUCAAGUAGUGAAUCCGCAUCAUCAGAUAGUGAAGAUGAAAGUGUGGAAUUACCCCCCCCACCCAAAACAGCAUUGGUAACAGCGACCACUAAAGCUGUGGCCAUACCUACCCCAGCUAAACCAACCCCAAGCAAAGGAACCGCCAUAGCAACCACACCAGCAAAACAAACCCCAAGUAAAGUUGUAUCCACAACUUCCAACAUUAGCGAAGACUCCAGUAGUGAUUCAGCAUCAUCAGACAGUGAGGAGGAAAGUCCUGCUGUGGCAGCUACACCAGUGGCACCAACCAGUAUGCCAGCAUCAGAUGUCAGAACAAAACUUAAGUCAACCAAGGCAAAGCUGACUAGCAGGGCUCCGCCCAAGUCUACUGCUCCAGCAGGGGAUGAGUCCAGCAGUGGUAGCCACCCGAAAGGAGCUCCUGAGAAGCAGGCGGAGGUUCAACUCAACCCCCCAGCUUCAACCAAGAAGGCCAAGAAUGACACUAAGAAAAACGCUCCCAAGCCCUCAGCUCCACCUACCAAAAGGAAAAAACCUGCAGACAAACCAUUGGACACACCAGCCAAGACCAAGAAGACGGCACCUCAGGCCCAGAUCCCUGCUCCUUCCUCCUCUCCUCCUCCUCCAGCCAGUGAUGACUCAGACAGCAGUCUGGACGUGGAGAUGUGGAAGAAACGGAUCCUUGAACUGUCAGACACUGACCUCGCCAAGAUGGACGCCAUCAGUAGUCUGAACCCUCCACCUGCUCCCGUCAUAACUCUGAAGAAAGCAAGAGCACCAAGGAAACCCAGGGCGGAAGCCACACAGAAGAAGGAGACCAUGACUAAAAAGAGCAAAGCUACACCUAUUAAGAAUGUAGAGGUUGAGGGGAAUGUCAAAACCAAAAAGACGAGUAAAGUUAAGUCCGGUCAGACAAAUAAGGCCCCACCUGACAGUCCUGUGACUACAACUCCACCCAAAACACCCAGCAAUGAGCCUGCAGAGUCCACCCUUGUACCCACCCCAAAACCUGAUGCGGUCAAGAAAAGAAAAAGGAAAGCCAGUGAAACUAAAGCAGAUGAGAAUCCUACAGAGCCCAAGAGGAAAAAGAAGAAACAAAGAGAAGAAAACAAGGAGAAGAUGGUUGAGGCGAGUGAAGAAACGGGGAAGAAAAAAGAAAAGGUAAAAGAUAAGGAUAGAAAGAAGGAUGCACGGAAAGGAAAACAAGCCCCAAAGGUAAAUGAGAAAAACAGUGAGCCUGAAGAACAGAAGGAACCAGAGAAAAAUAAAAAGGUGCCCCAGACAAAGAAAAAAUCCACAGACAAAGUCAUUGAGGACACCAAGAAGCACAAAAAGGAAAAAUCUGAAAAGACUAUGACAGAAAACAACACGCAUAUUACUGAGGAGGAGGAGGAGAAGGAGAAGAAGAAGAAAAAGAAUAAAAAAGAGAAGAAGGAGAAGGAUGGGCCUCAAGAGAUUGAAGCUGACCAAGAAUCACUACCUCUGUCUGCCCUCGUGACGCCUCCAACAGAGAAGAAGAAAAAGAAAAGCAAGGUGAACCUGCCAGAGAUUCCAAUUAUAUCUGUCAACCCGGGCCCAGACUCAGCCCCCGCAGAAAACCCUCCAGCGACAGCAGAGACCACACCUAAAAAAAAGAAAAGAAAAUCAUCCAAGAGCACCUGAGGACGAUGAAAAAAUAAUAUUUAUGACAAAUGGAAAGAUACAAAGGGAACAUGGUCCCGUUACUUAGCUGGGCUGAUGUGAAAAGUCUUCCUCACUGGUAUCCGGCACAGGUUUAAAAGUGAUCAACUUUACUGUAUUUUAAAGACAUGUCUCUGGAUUUUUUUAACAUUGAAUACUGAAACUUUUCUAUAAACAAUAUUUUUUACCAGUCCAUUUUUUAUUAGAUUUUUUAUAGUAGACAUGUAGUCUUUAACAGUAUUUCAGUGGAAGAUUGUCAACAGUCUCAUGUGCUGCUACAGACAGUUUUAUAUUUCUCAUGUUAGUCCUUUGUCAGUGCCCUUAUCAUGGCAUGAAUGUGUGUGAAAAUGUAAAGAAAAUGAAAUACAAUGUAUGAAGAGUGAAGACUGUUAUGAUGAUAUUCUGCCGGAGGAUGGGCCAAGGAACGCACCACAAUGAAAAAGAGUUGACUUAGUUUAUUAAUCGAGCUGCUCGGAUCACACCAUCAGUCCACAACAGAGUGAUAGGCAUGAGUGAGAAACAUGUCUCUCAGAUAGACAUUAUAUAUGAGCUGGACCAUACAAAUAUAGUAACCACCAAAACAUGUCCUUAAAUGGUAGACAUUCCACAACUUAAGGCAUAGGAAGAACACCGCACAGGUAGUGCAGCAAUCACUCAUUGUUUAUACUAUUUUCUGCAUGUGGCUCUGUCCAAAGGUUAAAGUGCACAUUCUCCUAUCUAUAUGUGUAUUGUCCGAGACCUGCUGCGUGACCUCUUGACCACAGCAAGAGACUCAAGCUUCUCUGUACACAGAAAAUCUGCCUAUCAGAAGACCCUCCAAACUUUAUUGUCAACGUUAUUGUAAGUGGUGGUUUGUGCAUGAGAUUCACAGAUAGUUGCCCACUUGAACUGGAUUGUUCUAUAGUGAUCUACAAUUGUUUGUAUGAAUGUAUUGCAUAUCCUAUCUGCAAUGAGCAUAAGAAAUUAGAAAAGUAUGUUUUUAACAAAAUAAUGGCAAUCAAUAUGGAUUCGUUCCCCCUGUUUUGAUAUUUAAAAAAAUAACUGAUAUGCAUGGUAUAUAUUUUUUAAAUAGAAUUAAAUGGCAUUGGUACAAA